AUGGUGUGUUAUGAUCCAUAUGGUGACUGUGAUGAUCCAUGUGGUGACUGUGAUGAUCCAUAUGGUGUCUGUUAUGAUCCAUAUGGUGUCUGUUAUGAUCCAUAUGGUGUCUGUGAUGAUCCAUAUGGUGACUGUGAUGAUCCAUAUGGUGUCUGUUAUGAUCCAUGUGGUGUCUGUGAUGAUCCAUAUGGUGACUGUGAUGAUCCAUAUGGUGUCUGUGAUGAUCCAUGUGGUGUCUGUGAUGAUCCAUGUGGUGAUGUGAUGAUGAUCCAUGUGGUGACUGUUAUGAUCCAUAUGGUGACUGAUGAUCCAUAUGGUGUCUGUGAUGAUCCAUGUGGUGUCUGUUAUGAUCCAUGUGUGGUCUGUGAUGAUCCAUAUGGUGACUGUGAUGAUCCAUGUGGUGUCUGUUAUGAUCCAUGUGGUGUCUGUGAUGAUCCAUGUGGUGACUGUGAUGAUCCAUGUGGUGUCUGUUAUGAUCCAUAUGGUGUCUGUUAUGAUCCAUAUGGUGUCUGUUAUGAUCCAUAUGGUGACUGUUAUGACCAGCAUGGGCCGGAGUUCUAG